CUUCAAUCAGUGACUGCAGUCCUACAGUGCAGAUAGUUGGCUGAUGUAGACAGCUAAUUAAAGCUGGUGUUUUAAACGGUUCAGAUCAGAGCAGAAAGCUUAUGACUGAGAGGAUGUUUGAAAACUUCAGAGAAAGACUUCACAUGGUCCAGCAGGAUUUCACAACAGGCUUUAAAACUCUUGGAGACAAAUCAAAAGAAACCAAAAUCAGGAGGAAGCCCAGUUUGCUGUUGUUCAGGUUUGAAGAAAGCCUUCCUUACUUCAGCGCUGGACUGGAAAUCCUCAACAGGUAUGAGGAGAGUUGGUUUCUCCUCCAUAAAAGAACUAAAGACUAUGCUCAGGCUGCAGAGGCAGUAGAUGGAGACAUGGUGAUGCUCUCAGCACACUGGGAGAGAAGAAGAACAGCUCUGGCACAACUACAGGAACAGCUGCAGAGCUUGCCUGCUUUCAUCUGUGAACUUGAUGCCAUCACUGCAUCUAUAGCUCAUUUGGAAGGUGACUUUGAGGAGAUGGAGAGCAGACUGGUAUUCUUGGAGACUCUGUGUUGUCAGUGUGAACAACAGACAUUCAAACAACAUCAUAUCAACCAACUAGAAGUCUAUAAAAAAAAGAAGAGGAGGGACGUUGAGGCACUGGAAGUGGAAUUGAACUCUGAGCAUGCUCAGAAGGUUGCAGAGCUGGAGCAGGCCAUGCAGCAGAAACUAAGAGAGCGACAGAAAGUCUAUGAAGAAGCCUUUAACCAAGACAUGGAACAAUACCUGUCCACUGGACACCUACAGCACAGAGAACUAACAGGAGCUGAUGUGUGUGUCUUGGACCAGAUGACAGUAACUGACACAUCAGACCAGGAGGCUUUGGAUGACUUCCUCAACUCCACUGGUGAUGACAUCAGUGCUGUAUCAUCACUGACCUCAGGUCCAGACCUCGUGUCCUCCUCUGAAUCUCUGAGAAGCCCGAUGAACCAAGACCCUCUGACAAGCAACCAACUGUCCAACCAGGACAGUGCAUGGGUGCAAGAAGAGGAAGUGGCCAGUGAGGAGAGUGAUGAGCCUCUGGUCCAGUCAGACGAGGAGGACAUUCAACCAGAUGUGUCACUGAUUGGCCAGCAGAAUGUUUGCCCAGUCAGGGGCUCUGAUGAGAGUGACUCUACAGGGGACCUACCCUCUUGGUAACCUAGCAACCAGGUCCUUAACUAAACACCGACUGUUACCCCUCAACAACACCCAUCUGCUGCCUUCUGCUUUUACUUGACACAGCUCCCAUCUCCAGCCAACAUGACUCAGUGCUUCUGUGCUUCUUUCCUCUGUCUGGUUCAGCAACAGCUUUUUUUCUCAUUUGAACACAAAUGCUGAAUUUCCAUAAGGUUGAGAUGUGUUACUUGACUGUCUACCCAAAUUAAUGUAAUUAGUAUUCUGUCCAUGUUCAAUUAUAGAAAACCCUCUCUAUGCAGAAAGAGACAAAUCAAAGCUAAAUAAAGUGAGUUUGUAUGAAUAAGUUAUUUCAAUCAUUUAAGGUCUAAAUCAGCUUAUAACAGUGCUGCACUGACAAGCUGCAGUAACUUCUAACCUCUUAGAGAUAAGUCUACUUUGAGUUGUGCACUGUAAUAAAUCAUGUGUUUAAUUGCUGGCUGUUAAAGUGAGACUUUAAUGUAACUUUAGCUGAGCAGCAGUAACAGCAACCUCUGCUGCCACCAGUAGUAAUUACAAGAUGCUGGUACAUUUCAUUCUGCUGAUGCCUGAGAGCAAAGAGUAGCCCACUAUUUUAAUGGGAGGAAACUCAGAUGGUAAGUAUGUAUUAUCUCUGUUAAUAAUGAAUAACAUAUUGGUGUCAUACACAGAGAGUCUGAUAAAUACAUAAAAAACAGUUAGGAUACAUCUAGCAUUGAAUGCAGAAGGUGGAAGGGGGUCCUAAACCAACAAUCUGAAAUUUGUUCCCACUUCACCCUGGUCAGCUGUGUGGAGGUCAGGGUUUUAACGUCUGUAGUUCACUUUUCUUCUAUUCUUAACACAACUGUUAAGGACAACACUAUGAAAUUCUCCCUGCAAA